UUUUGAAGGAAAAAUGAAAAUGCAAAAUUUCAUCCUCUGUUUUUUCACGAUCAUUGUGAUGCUCGUCUUCUUGCAGCACAACCUAGUGGCUUGUUCAUUAAGCCCCCACUUGCAGAAACUUGCCUUGUUCCACUUUAACCAAACCUUAACAAUCAGUACUAGUAGCUACCUAGUGGAUUGCGAGUACCAUUCCUACGAAGAGAAUGCGCUUUAUUAUAUUCCUUCACGGGCAAAGACAAAGAAUUGGAGCAUGAGUUCUGAUCACUGCACAUGGGAUGGAGUUAGCUGCGACCACAAGACAGGGGACGUUAUCGGACUCGAUUUAAGCUGCAGUCAGCUGGAAGGAGCCAUUCUUCCUAACAGCACUCUCUUCCAGCUCUCUCAUCUCCGCUUCCUCAACCUUUCUGGGAACGACUUUUACGAUCAGUUCCCUCAGGAAUUUGGUUUCUUUGCAAAAGGUUUGACGCAUCUCAACCUCUCUAAUACUUAUUUAUCAGGGAGAGUUCCCUCGGGAAUCUCUUAUUUGCAUAAACUGGUCUCACUUGAUCUCAGUCGCAACCAUGAGGCUAAACUUGAAGAAGAAGUGUUUAAAUCAGUGUUGCAGAAUUUAACUCAUAUCAGAGUGCUUAAUCUUAAUAGAGUUAACAUCUCCUCUGUUUUGCCCGUGAAUAUCUCUACUUCUUUAAGAGUUCUUCAAUUGAGGUAUACUGAUAUACACGGAGUACUACCCCAAGAGGUUUUCCACCUUCCCAACUUGGAAUUUCUUGAUUUAUCAUUUAAUCCUGCCCUGAGAGCAACAUUACCCAAAGUUAAGUGGGGAAGUAAAGCUACUCUCCGACACCUUCUUCUUACAUACAUCAACAUAGAUGGAGGUAUACCUGACUCUAUAGGCUUUUUGGAGUCAUUAGUCACUUUAGAUCUGAUCGCCUGUAAUUUGUCUGGGCCGAUACCAAGAUCCAUUGGGCAACUCGUUCAACUUACUCUCUUGGACCUGUCUGAUAAUAAUCUCAGUGGCCCAAUUCUAUCUUUUUUAACACGCCUUGCAGACUUAAGAUAUAUCUCCCUUGACCGUAACAAUUUUACUGGUCCGUUUCCCUCUUUUCUUGCCCACUCCAGUAAACUAGUUGAGUUGUAUCUUGAUAGUAAUAGCUUUACUGGAUCCAUACCUCGUUCGUUGUUUCACCAUCCAUCCUUAGAGUACUUGUUUCUGGAUAGUAAUGCAUUCACGGGUCCACUACAUGAAUUUGAUUCUUCUUUCUCACGAUUGCGAUCUUUUUCUUGUUCCCACAAUUCACUCUAUGGAUCCCUUCCACAUUCAUUUUCUCAACUUGUCAAUCUCACUAGCCUAGAUUUAUCAUCAAACAAUUUCAGCGGGGUUUUGGAUUUGGAAAUGUUUUCAGGCCUCGAAUCUCUACAAUAUCUUGGACUUUCUCAUAACAGUCUUUCAGUGACAAGUACAAUCAGGGGCACUCUCCCUCCUACGCUUAACUACUUGGGCUUGUCAUCUUGCAACAUGAAAGAGUUUCCUCACUUUUCAAGAGAUGCAAACAUCUCCCUGGAGUUUGUAGACCUAUCAAACAAUAACAUUGAAGGGGAAAUUCCACACUGGAUUGGGUCAGUGUGGUACUCUGAGUAUUAUAACUUGCCCUAUCUGAAUCUUUCUCACAACAAACUAAUAGGCGGUCUUGAGCAACUGCCUUGGGGUUAUCUUACUUAUCUUGAUCUCCAAGACAAUAAGCUGAAUGGAUCGUUGCCCACCUUGAUGUGUAAUUCCAGCUCUCUUGAGAUUCUAAAUCUCUCUCACAACAAGUUGAGUGGUGUACUACCCAUUUGUCAUACAAAUUUGACUCCGCUUUCGGUUUUGGAUCUGCGGAGGAAUAACAUUCAAGGAAACAUUCCAGCAACCUUGUCAAAUUUCUGUAAUCUGGAAACUAUUAAUUUGAAUGGAAACCAAUUAGAAGGAAGCAUUCCUUCUUCUUUUGCUCAAUUUGAUUCUUUAGCCGUUCUUGAUCUUGGAAAUAAUCAGAUAAAUGAUACAUUCCCCCGGUGUUUGGAAGCUCUUCCAAAUCUCCAAGUUCUUGUUCUCAAAUCAAACAAGUUUUAUGGUCUUAUAAACACGAGUUCUAAGAUUGUACACCCAUUUCCUAGCUUGAGAAUCAUUGAUCUGUCGGAAAAUGAGUUUUCAGGUCCACUGCCAGCAAAAUACUUCAGAAACUUCAAGGCUAUGAUGAAUAGUGAAGUGAAUGAGGUAAAGCGUAGUUAUAUGGAGCAUCAGUAUUACAGUGAUUCCACAGCUCUAGUGAUUAAAGGCAUGGAGAUUGAUUUAGAAAGAAUUUUGACUGUGUUCACAACUAUUGAUGUAUCGAAGAACAAUUUUGAUGGGGAGAUAGCUGAAUACUUUGGAAAUCUAGUAUCACUCAGAUUUCUUAAUCUUUCUCACAAUCAUCUCACAGGCCACAUACCACGCUCGAUUGGAAAAUUGACUGUGCUGGAGUCACUAGACCUCUCAUCCAACCAACUUGAAGGAGAAAUUCCUCAGCAGCUCACUAGUGUAUAUUCACUUGCAGUUCUAAAUCUUUCUUGCAACCAACUUAGAGGCCGUAUACCAGAAGGGGCACAAUUCAAUACGUUUGAAAACAGCAGCUACGCUGGUAACUUUGGGCUGUGCGGACAUCCCUUGUCGAAGAAGUGUGAAUCUUAUGUUAGGACACAAGAAGAAGAUGACGAAGAUGAGGAUGAAUGUCACUUUUUCUGUGGUUUUACUUGGGAAGCGGUGGUGAUUGGAUAUGGGUGUGGAGUGGUGCCUGCAUUUAUCACUGGGUACCUGAUGUUGCUGGCAAGGAAACCCAAAUGGUUUGCUGGAAUCAUUGGCAGGGAAUUGGGGCUCAAGAUCAGGAGGAUGGAGAUUAGAAUGCGAUGACUAGAGAUUGGAGAGGCAUGAACAUUUUGGCAUGUAAGUUGAUGGGACAAGCAGGAUUCAGAUGCACUGGAAUCAACCACUACUUCAGCUGUUUAAUUUGCAUCUUUUAUCAUUUUAAAUUUUACAUUUUACAAUAAAAGUCAAAAAGAUACAAGUUCCAUAGACAAGUUCUGUUUUGUUUAGUUCCAGCCUCAGGCUGUUCAUUACUAAAACAUGUUUGCUGAUGCUUUAUAAUGUACAAUUUAGUAAUUUACAAUAUAUCACAGUUUGUAAUA